AUGGACAUCCCCGACAUCCCCGACAACCGACCGGCCCGGGGAAGCUCGUCGCUCUCGUACCCUUCCACCAUCGUACUCGAUGAGAUUAUCGACACCAAGUCCGAGUACAUCAACCAACAGCUCGGCACACCACCCAAUGAGCCUCGGGAGCAGUUUGACCCUGAGGAGCACAAGCCCCGGGACACGCUGGACCAACAAUGUACCUCCCCACCCAACCAUUACGACGCAGAUGAGAUCCGUUCUCAGACCUCGGACAAGUCACGGCAUCGCAAUUUCUACGUAAAUGAGCUGCCUCUUCUUCAAGCGAAAAACCCUUACGAUGGCUCCGAACAAUUCAACCCAGUUAAUGAGGAGAUCGGAGACGGGUCCUUUGACCUCGUCGCUCCGUACGAGGGCGACGGAACUCCCCUACACUCCCUCGAGCGCCAAGCCGAUACCAUGUUCUGCUCUGAGCACAUGUUGAUGAUCUUGACCAACCCGCGCUAUCUGGCCCGUUUUCGCGAUUUCCUUGUGGCGGAGCGCCCCAUGUCCAUUCCUGUGUUGACCUACUAUCUCAAUACCAGCAAGGCAUUGAAGGCGCUCCAGUAUGCCAAUUCGCUUGUUCGGUUGUCGGUGGAUGUCCCCACCGCCGGUGUCAAGAACGCAAAGCAACCGGUUGGCGAUACUGCGAAUUCGGCGCUCGAGACACGUGUGCAGGAUGCAUUGGAAGCCUUGACUGCGGAGGAAUUGCCGGCGUUCAUCACUUCCACUUGCAUCAGUAUAACUAGCAAGGUCGUUGAAGAGCGUGUGCGAGGCACUCUCCCAGAAAAGUUCCAAGGCACAUCCGACGCCCUCGCGGAGGUGUUCUGCUUGACAGACCCGUCCCGCCCCGAUAACCCCAUUAUCUUCGCGUCCGGAGAAUUCCACCGAACCACACAAUACGGCAUGGACUAUGUGCUCGGCCGAAACUGCCGUUUCUUACAGGGCCCCAAGACCAACCCAAACAGUGUUCGACGUAUUCGCGAAGGAAUUCAAGACGGACGCCACCACUCCGAGCUUUUCCUCAACUACCGCCGCGACGGCACACCUUUCAUGAACCUUCUCCAGUGUGCCCCUCUGUGCGACAGCCACGGCAAAAUCCGCUACUUCAUUGGAGCGCAAAUUGACGUCUCAGGUCUGGCCAUGGACAGCGCAGAAAUGGGCUCACUCCGAGAAUUGAAGGCGCGCAAAGAGAACCCCGAAAACGAAUCAGAAUGGAAGAAAGAAAAGACCGAGUUUCAGCAGCUGGGUGAACUGUUCAGUCCGCGCGAGCUGCAAAACGUUCAUGCGCACGGAGGUAACCUCUUCCAGCCUGUCCUUGACGAUAUCAAUCCGAACAAUAGCCGCCUCUAUAUCCCAGGCAGUGCCGACCAUGAAUUCGAGCCUCGAAUGAGCGUCAAGACGUCUUCACCCAGCGCAUCCCUCACGGGAGUCUACAAACACUAUCUCCUCGUUCGCCCAUACCCCUCUCUCCGAGUCCUCUUCACCUCUCCCUCUCUUCAGAUUCCCGGUAUGCUGCAAUCGUCAUUCCUCUCCCGCAUCGGCGACACCGGUGAAAAGCGCGACAGCAUUCUCCACGCCAUGAUAGCAGGUCGCAGUGUUACAGCCCGCAUCAAGUGGGUAACCCGUUUCAACAGCGGAGAGGGACGUUAUCGCUGGAUCCACUGCACACCACUACUGGCCAACAACGGAGAGGUCGGUGUGUGGAUGGUGGUUGUUAUUGAUGACGAUGAUGAGCAUUCUGUGCACUGGAAAGGAAACUGGCCCAGCCACUAA